AUGUUCAUUGUAUUGUUACUCUUAAGCACAUCACUUGCACAAGAAGUGAUCUAUUCAGAUGGUAUUUACAACUGGAAGAUCAAUGAUUCGGCACUCAUCAAUUAUUAUGAAUACGUUCUGGAUGAUGGAAAGAAGUGGAUAGGUGGUAUGAUGCAGCAGUUUGAUGUCUUAAAAUUCAAUGGCGACGAAAACACGACGAACUUCGAUCUGUUGUGUUUCAACAUGCAGUACAAUUCCUCUGAUGAGUUUGUUAAACUCAAAGUGCGACUUCUUCCAUACAAUUUCAGAGGAGACGACGAGUCAAACAGUGGUUUGAUAACACGAGCUUAUAACAAACAAGAGACAUGUGUUCAACUUUCCUCAGAAGAAUUUCCAAAUCAGUGCAAAGAGGAAACCAAAUAUGUUUCAAUUCAGUUGUAUCACCAAUUCGAGCAAAAAAAGACAUUUGUCUACUUCAACAACAUUAUGUUCAAAAAAGACAUUGUUGCAGUCUCAGACUCAAAUGAAUAUUCCCUUGUGUCAAAAGAAGCUUGCUCGUCGCUCUCUAUUCUCGCUCUUCUAUUUGCCAUAUCCACUUUAUUGCUUUGA